AUGACUGUUACUACACCAGAAAUAACUUUGGGCUGGUCCAUUGAACAAUGGAUCAAGUUCCACCAAAAUUCUUCUCCAAUAGUUUCUUACAACACACUUUUGAAUCUUAUCAGCUCGCAAAUUACUGCUCCGGAAAACCCUGCCUGGAUUUCUGUUGCUUCUGCGGACAACUUAUCUCAACAAUGGCAAAUACUACAAACUCGUGAGAACAAAGAGUCUCUUCCGCUUUACGGUGUUCCAAUUGCCAUCAAGGACAACAUAGACGCCAAGGGGUUCUCGACAACCGCUGCCUGUCCAUCAUUUGCAUACGAACCCGAGAAAGACUCUAAAGUUGUCCAGCUUUUGAGAGAUGCCGGCGCCAUUAUUGCUGGUAAGACUAAUCUAGACCAAUUUGCAACGGGACUAGUAGGCACAAGGUCACCAUACGGAAAAACGACUUGUGUCUUCGACGAUAAGUAUGUCUCUGGAGGCUCCUCUGCGGGCUCUGCGAGAGUUGUCGCUGAAGGUAUCGUCCCGAUUGCUCUCGGUACCGAUACGGCAGGUUCUGGUCGUGUGCCAGCGGCUUUAAAUAACUUAAUAGGAUUGAAACCUACGAAGGGUGUCUUUUCCUGCCAAGGCGUUGUUCCAGCUUGCAAGUCUCUAGACUGUGUUUCCAUAUUUGCGUUAAAUCUAACAGACGCGGAACGUUGCUUCAAGAUCAUGUGUCAACCAGAUGGGGAAAAUGAUGAAUAUUCUAGAGCUUACCCCCCAAACCCAUUGCAUAAAUUCAAUACCAACUGCACUGUGGCGAUCCCCAAGGAUGUUCCAUGGUACGGUGAAACCGAGAACCCCAAACUUUACGCCAGAGCAAUUGAAGCUUUGAAGAAAACAGGUGCCAACAUUGUCACCCUUGACUUUGAACCGCUACUAGAUCUGGCGAGGUGCCUAUAUGAGGGUCCAUGGGUAGCCGAGCGCUACGCUGCUACACAGAAGUUUUUGGAAUCCAACCCGCCAGAGGAUACUUUGGAUCCAACUGUUAUCUCAAUCAUUAAAACAGCCACCAAUUUUGACGCUUCUGAUGCCUUUAAGUUUGAGUACAAAAGACAAGGCAUUUUGCAGAAAGUUAAUAAACUUUUAGAAAAUAUCGACGUUCUUUGCGUUCCGACCUGUCCUUUGAACCCUACUUUACAACAGGUAGCCGACGAGCCCGUUCUCGUAAACUCUAGACAGGGCACAUGGACAAACUUUGUGAACCUGGCUGACUUAGCUGCCUUGGCUGUUCCUGCCGGAUUUAGACAAGACCAUCUCUCGAAUGGGAUUACACUAAUCGGGAAAAAGUUCACCGACUAUGCCUUGCUGGAUUUGGCAAAGAGAUAUUUCCAACAGCUUUUCCCAAAUGGUUCAAGAUGCUACGGUGCCUUUACAGACAAAAUGGUUUUAGGUCUUGACGAUGAAUUGACAGGUCCCGAUGUGAACUCGAAGUCCGCCAUAAAGCUUGCUGUGGUUGGUGCACAUUUGAAGGGCCUUCCUUUACACUGGCAACUAGAGAAAGUAAACGCCACAUACUUAUCUUCACCAAAAACUUCCAAGAAAUACCAACUGUUUGCUCUUCCUAAGACCGGUCCAGUUCUAAAGCCCGGCCUAAGAAGGGUUGAUGCAUCAACUGGGUGCCAGAUUCAGUUGGAAGUUUAUUCCGUUCCAACUGAACGCUUCGGUGAAUUUAUCUCGAUGGUUCCAGAGCCGCUAGGGAUUGGUUCGGUUGAGCUUGAGGAUGGUGAGUGGGUAAAAUCGUUUAUCUGUGAAGAGUCAGGAUACCUAUCCAAGGGCUCAGUUGAUAUCAGCUCGUUUGGUAGCUUCAAAGUGUACAUGGAGUAUCUAGCAAAACAAGAGGCUGCACAGAAGAAGCCUUUUGAUAGAGUUUUAGUUGCAAACAGAGGUGAAAUUGCUGUGAGAAUUAUGAAAACUUUGAAAAAGCUUCAUAUCAAGUCUAUUGCUGUUUAUUCUGACCCAGAUAAAUACUCCAGGCACGUCACCGAUGCAGACAUUGCUAUUGCCUUGAAUGGAUCCACUGCUGCUGAAACUUAUUUGGACAUAGACAAAAUUAUCGCUGCUGCAAAGGAAUCCAAUGCCGACGCUAUCAUUCCAGGGUACGGGUUUUUAUCAGAGAACGCUGAUUUUUCCAAUAGAUGUGAACGUGAAGGAAUAGUGUUUGUUGGUCCUACCGGAGAGACUAUCAGGAAACUAGGGUUGAAGCAUUCUGCGAGAGAAAUUGCUGAAAAUGCAAAUGUCCCUCUAGUCCCUGGUUCUCCAUUAAUUAUCGAUGCUAAGGAGGCGAAGGAAGUGGCUAGGAAAAUCGAAUAUCCAGUCAUGGUUAAAUCUACUGCAGGUGGUGGUGGUAUUGGUCUGAGAAAGGUCGAUACCGAAGAUGAAAUCGAACAGAUUUUUGCUACCGUUCAACAUCAAGGAAAAUCAUACUUCGGAGACGCUGGUGUUUUCAUCGAGAGAUAUAUUGAAAAUGCAAGACACGUGGAAGUCCAAAUAAUGGGGGAUGGUAGAGGUAAUGCCAUUGCAUUGGGUGAACGGGACUUGCUCCUUAGACGUCGUAACCAAAAGAUUAUCGAAGAGACUCCUGCUCCUAAUUUGAGUGAGAAAACAAGAUCUGCUUUGAGAAAUGCUGCUGAAAACUUGGCCUCAUUACUGAACUAUAGAUGUGCCGGUACUGUUGAAUUCAUUUUUGAUGAAAAGAGAGACCAGUUUUAUUUCUUGGAAGUCAAUGCUAGAUUACAAGUUGAACAUCCUAUCACUGAAAUGGUCACAGGGUUGGAUUUGGUUGAAAUGAUGCUACAAAUUGCUGCUGGUAAUCCACCUGACUUUAACACUAUUAAUGUCACCAUUACAGGCGCCUCAAUGGAGGCUCGUUUGUACGCCGAAAACCCAGUCAAGGAUUUCAGACCUUCUCCAGGUCAACUAACCGAGGUUAAAUUUCCAUCCUGGGCCAGAAUAGACACAUGGGUGGAGAAAGGUAGCGUGGUAUCUGCUGAGUAUGAUCCAACAUUGGCUAAGAUUAUAGUUCAUGGGUCUGACCGUGCCGAUGCACUUGCCAAAUUGAACAAAGCUUUGAAUGAAACCAAGGUUUACGGCUGUAUCACCAAUUUGGACUACUUGAAAUCGAUUGCUUCUUCUCAAAUGUUCAACGAUGUGAAGAUCUCCACAAAUGUUUUGAACAGCUACGAAUAUACCACAUCUUCUUUUGAAAUCAUUACACCAGGUGCUCACACCUCCAUCCAAGACUAUCCUGGCAGAACAGGCUACUGGAGAAUAGGUGUUCCACCCUCUGGACCAAUGGACGCCUAUUCUUUCAGGCUAGCCAAUCGGGUUGUUGGUAACAAGGCAAGCGCCCCCGCAAUUGAAGUUACGUUAACCGGCCCAACAAUUAAAUUUCACCGCGAUUCUGUAAUUGCCAUCACUGGUGGUUUGGCUCCCUGUACAAUCAACGAGCAGCCCAUCAGCCAGUUUAAAUCUGUUUCGAUUAAAAAGGGUGACCAAUUAUCGAUUGGCAAAUUGAGUACAGGUUGCCGGAUCUAUUUGGCCAUUAGAGGUGAGAUCGAUGUUCCAGAAUACUUGGGAUCAAAGUCAACAUUUACUUUAGGUCAACUAGGUGGUUACAAUGGCAGAGUUUUGAAAGCUGGCGAUGUCGUUUUUUCGUAUGAAACGGAACACAGUGCACCUUUUGGUAAGAUACCAGAAACUUUACUUCCAACUAUUUCCAAUAACAAGACAUGGUGUGUUGGUGUUACAUGUGGCCCUCAUGGCUCUCCAGAUAUCUUCACCCAAGAGUCCAUCAAAGAGUUCUUUUCUGAACAGUGGAAGGUACACUACAAUUCCAACAGAUUUGGUGUCAGGCUAGUUGGUCCAAAACCAAAAUGGGCAAGGGCUGAUGGUGGGGAAGGUGGUCUCCACCCAUCCAAUACUCAUGAUUACGUUUACUCCUUGGGUGCUAUAAACUUUACUGGUGACGAGCCAGUUAUUGUUACUUGUGAUGGCCCUUCUCUAGGUGGUUUUGUUUGCCAAGCCGUUAUUCCAGAUGCUGAACUAUGGAAGAUUGGACAAGUUAAACCUGGUGAUUCUAUUCAGUUUGUCCCCAUCAACUACGCUACCGCAAGAAUGCUAAAAGAGUCCCAAGACGCUUCCAUUGAAGUGUUCCAAGAUGGUCUACUAAAAGAACUUUCAUCCAAUUUGAUUUUACCAACAUUUGAAAACCCAGUCUUGGCCCAGUUAUCAAAGAAAUCCGAACAUGCCCCAACAGCCACUUUUAGACAAGCUGGGGACCGUUACAUACUGUUGGAAUAUGGUGACAAUAUUAUGAACUUCAACCUCAGUUACAGAGUACAUUGCUUGAUUGAAUUAGUGAAAAAGUACAAGACCAUUGGUAUUGUUGAAAUGUCCCAAGGUGUCAGAUCAGUUCUUAUUGAAUUUGAUGGUUAUAAAAUAUCUCAGAAUGAAUUAAUGAAAACUCUUCUGGCCUACGAAAAUGAAAUCACUUUUGAUGAUAACUGGUCAGUUAAAUCCAAAAAAUUCAGACUGCCCAUGGCUUUCGAAGAUUCCAAGACAUUAGCUUGUGUUACCAGAUAUCAAGAAACAAUUCGGCCCACUGCUCCAUGGCUACCUAACAAUGUCGAUUUUAUUGCUGAUGUGAAUGGUAUUACGCGGAAAGAUGUUUACGAUAUGAUAUAUUCUGCUAGUUUCAUGGUCCUUGGUUUAGGUGAUGUGUUUUUAGGCUCUCCAUGUGCUGUUCCAUUGGAUCCAAGACAAAGAUUUUUAGGGAGUAAAUACAAUCCCUCCAGAACGUUUACCGAAAGGGGAGUUGUUGGGCUUGGUGGGAUGUAUAUGUGUAUUUAUGCAGCUGCAUCUCCUGGUGGUUAUCAGUUGACUGGUAGGACCAUUCCUAUCUGGGACAAACUGUCGCUUUCCAACUUUUCCGUGGAUCACCCAUGGCUGUUGACACCAUUUGACCAGGUUGAAUUUUAUCCAGUUUCCGAAGAGGAGUUGGGGAAGUUGACUGAAGAUUGCGAUAAUGGUAAAUUUGUGGUUGAAAUUGAAGACACUGUGUUUGACCAUGGCAAAUACACACAGUGGGUAGAUGCUAACAAAGACUCCAUAGACACUUUCUGCCAAAAUCAAAAUGGAGAGAAAAAGGAAGAAUUUAUUAGACUGAUCAAGUCAGCCAAUGAUGAGCUUUCAGCUUCUCAAACUAGCAAGGUACAGGUACAGGAGGAAUAUCCAGAAACUGCUGAAUUGGUAUACUCUGAGUACUCCGGAAGAUUUUGGAAACCUAUUGUCUCAGUGGGUGAUAUUAUCGAGGCAGGACAAGGGUUGAUUAUAAUAGAAGCUAUGAAAACCGAAAUGAUUGUUGCAGCCAGGCAGUCAGGUAAGGUUCUCAAAAUCCUACACGAAAAUGGUGAUAUCGUUGAUUCAGGGGACUUGGUAGUCGUCAUUGAAGCUACAGCAUAG